CUUCAAUGCUCCCAUUGAAGCCUUUGGCCACGCCUUGUACUCACUCACUCCCUCCCUCCAGACGCGUGAUAUGUGCCAAAAAGAGAGGCAGCAAAGGAGGCAGAAGCAGUGAAACUACCACCUAGCAGCACACUGUUGUGAUCUUCUCCAGAUCAUUUCCCCAGCGGAGGUGGGUCAUUGUCGGCGUCUGGAGCCGGUGCAAUUUUUCUGCAAUAUGAUGAUGCCGAAGGGUGGAGAAGACACUAGAUCCACACCUUGCAUGGUUGCAUGUGGGCAGAGAAAUAGCAAAUACCACAAUAAACAUGGAUUCUUACUAAAUGUUUGGUCGCCUGGCCCGAACAGACGGCGGACUACUGCCUAUACUCGGUUCCAAUUGGCAAGGCAGUACACAAGAGAUCCACUGCAGCGCGGAGUUCCGCCUCAGGGUGCCGCCCGCGGUGCUAUUGUCCACGGUCCCGACGAUGUUGAAGCAUUGAUCAGAUCAUAGCCGAGGGGAAAACGAAAAAACGCGAGGCCAGUGGAUAGGGAGGGCAUUGGCAGUAUAUAAGAGAGUUGCUGAAGAUGGCACUCAGUGGCGGAAAAGGCCAGUCGUUCCACUCUCCAUCAUCCCUCAUACGACCUCGAGCAUGCCUUCUGUCAAGGCGGCUCUUCUGGCUGCUGCUACUUCGGUAGCUGCUUAUGACUACUCGCAGUUGGCUUCUAGCAAGAACAACUAUGGAGCACCUAACCCCGAUACCACAUACCCGGGGUUUGAGAGCCAGAAUCCUGCUGCCGUAGCUGGAAGCGAUAGCUUUCAGAUCUCUCCUCCCAAAUACCCUUCCCCAUGGAUGGACUCGAGCUAUGGCAAUUGGAGCGCGGCAUACCAAAAGGCAUUCGCCUUCGUGGAGCAGCUCACUCUUGCCGAAAAGGUCAACUUGACAACUGGUUCGGGAUGGCAGCUGGAGGCUUGCGUAGGUAACACGGGACAAGUCCCAAGACUUGGCUUCCGUGGCCUCUGUCUGCAAGACAGCCCUACAGGUGUCCGCAUGACAGACUACAACUCUGUUUUCCCAGCUGGUGUCAAUGUAGGUGCCUCUUGGGAUCGCCAGCUCGCCUACGAUCGUGGUAAAGCAAUGGCCGAAGAGCAUCGUGGCAAAGGAGUCGAUGUCCUGCUUGGCCCAGUUGCUGGUCCACUGGGUCGCACGCCCGCAGGAGGUCGUAACUGGGAGGGCUUCUCGCCUGACCCCGUUCUCACGGGUCAACUUUUUGCCGAGAGUAUCAAGGGCAUUCAAAGUGCUGGAGUCGUGGCCACUGGCAAGCACUACAUCAUGAAUGAGCAGGAGCACUUCCGUUUGGUGCCUGAAUCGAAGAGCUACGGCUUUGUCAAUAUCACGGAACCCUCAUCGUCUAACUUGGACGACGAAACUUUGCACGAGCUCUAUCUUUGGCCUUUUGCCGAUGGAGUGAAAGCCGGCGUCGGGUCUAUCAUGUGCUCGUACAACCAGGUCAACGACUCUCAGGCUUGCCAGAACUCGUAUGUCCUCAACUACCUUCUCAAGGGCGAGCUGGGCUUCCAGGGAUUCGUGAUGAGUGACUGGCUUGCCACUCACUCUGGUGUAUCCAGUGCACUUGCCGGACUAGACAUGACUAUGCCUGGAGACGGGACUGCUUUUAACGUUGCCGACUCUUUCUUCGGUACCAACUUGACCGUUGCCGUGCUCAACGGCACCGUUCCAGCCUGGAGAAUCGAUGAUAUGGCUCUUCGUAUCAUGUCGGCCUUCUUCUACGUGGACGGGCAGGUUGAGCGCGAACCAGAGAAUUUCCAGUCCUGGACAACCGAUACAUUCGGAUGGGCUCACUGGUACAACAAGGAGGGUGGCAUCGUGCAGGUCAACCAGCACGUCAAUGUCCAAGGUGAUCACGGGAAGCUCAUCCGCCAAUGGGGUGCUGAAAGCACCGUAAUGCUGAAGAACAAGGGCGUCUUGCCUCUGACUGGCAAGGAGCCAUUGACGGCCGUGUUCGGCAACGAUGCUGGACCAAACCUCGCAGGGCCGAACAGCUGCACCGACCGCGCAUGCGCCAACGGUACGCUGGGAAUGGCUUGGGGAAGCGGGACUGCCGAAUUCCCGUACCUCAUUACCCCGGAUACCGCGAUCCAGAAUGAGGUUCGAGCCAAUGGUGGUGCUUACGAAUCGAGCUUGAACAACUGGGACUUGGGACCUGCUGGCAAACUCGCCCGACGCGCUAACGUCUCCAUCGUUUUUGCCAGUGCGGUAGCUGGAGAGUGGUAUCUGGAGACGGACGGCAAUCUCGGAGACAGAAACAACUUGACGUUCUGGCAGAAUGCGGACGAAGCCAUCGAGCGUGUUGCGGCAAACUGCUCCAACACUAUCCUGGUCGUGCACUCGGUUGGUGCCGUGAUGUUGGAGAAGUACCAGAAUCACCCGAACAUCACUGCCAUUCUCUGGGCUGGUGUACCUGGCCAGGAAGCGGGCAAUUCCAUUGCAGACGUCCUCUAUGGCCGUGUCAAUCCGUCCGCCAAACUGCCCUUUACCAUGGGCAAAGACCGCAAGGACUAUGGCGCGGACAUUCUCUAUACCCCCAAUGCUCCCGUGGCUCAGAUCAACUACAAGGAAGGUGUAUUCAUCGACUAUCGCGGAUUUGACAAGCACAACACCACGCCAGUGUAUGAAUUCGGUUAUGGUCUCAGCUACUCGACAUUCAACUACAGCUCGCUUCAAGUCACCAAGCUGAACGCUCCCGCCUACGAGCCCUUCACCGGCAUGAGCAAGCCAGCUCCCACGGUUGGAAACUUCUCUACCAACGCAGAAGACUACUUAUUCCCCGCAAACUUCACCAAAUUCACCGGGUUCCACUACCCCUUCCUCAACUCGACCGACUUCGCCCAAGCCACCGGCGAUGCCGACUACGGCAUGAACUUCACCUGGCCCGAGCACGCCACCGACAGCUCCGCACAACGCAUGCCCAAAGCCGGCGGUGCUCCCGGCGGCAACCCUCGUCUGUACGACAUCCUCUACACGGUCUCCGCGACCAUCACCAACACAGGCAAAGUCGCCGGCUACGAAGUCCCUCAACUCUACAUCAGCCGUGGCGGGCCUUACGAUCCCGUUCGUGAACUCCGCGGCUUCGACCGCAUCUGGCUCGAAGUGGGCGAGAGCAAGACGUUCACGGUGGAUGUCACGAGGAGGGAUAUCAGCAGCUGGAAUACUGUGGAGCAGGAUUGGUUUGUGAGAAAUUCGACGAAGAAGGUGUGGGUGGGUAGCUCGAGUAGGAAUUUACCUCUGUCGGCUACUCUUCCUUGAGGACUUUUUUUUGGUAGUACUUACCUACUAGAUUGAGGUAGACUUUCUGUUUGAAAACAAAAAGAAAUUGAUGAUAAU